AUGAAGUACGCAGUAGAGAGUAUUCUGAAUUUUAGAGAUGUGGGAACCGCUAUUAAUGACUUCCCACUAACGAAGGAUAUGAAAAAAAUUAAAUGCGGGAUUUUGUUUCGUGGUGGAAAACCCGAUGAAGCUGAUGAUGCAGACAUUAAGAGAUUGGUUGACUAUGGUAUCAAGACUAUAAUUGAUAUGAGAUCAAGUUAUGAACCAGUCAACUCGACUUUCCUCUCCAACGCAUACGUAAUCACGCCGUAUCCACCUCCACAACCUUUAUCCCUUUUUGAUAGCGAAUCAAACAAAUCAAACGACGGCACCGAAGAACGCGAGAAACAUUUCGAAUCGUUGUCCCCUUGUGGAAAAAUCAUUCAACUGAACUUUACAGGCCGUAAUUUCGAGCGUUAUGUCAUAGGGACUGCUCCAUGGUUGUUGAAGCUUAAGAUCUUCGGGUACUUUUUGACAUGCCAAAGAAAAGAGGCGGCAAGAACUGUGGGUCGAGAAGUUACAAGUCCUCGGGGAUUAAGUGGCAUGUAUGUCGAUUUUGCUAACGGAUGUCAUCAAGAGAUAUGCACGCUACUAGAUAUCAUAUCUGAUGACUCCAAUCUGCCUGUUUAUAUACAUUGUACACUUGGAAAAGACCGUACAGGAUUCAUUAUUGCCUUAAUCCUUGGCUUAUGCGGAGUGGACGAAGAAGCAAUAGUCCAUGAUUAUUGCUUAUCCCAGAAAGGCUUGUUUCCUCGUUACUCACAGGUAUUGAAAGGUGUCGCAAAUGUUGGAUUGACGGAUGAUUUUGCCGAGGCACCACCUGAAGCAAUAAGAAAACUUUUUGCUUAUAUACGUGAGACGUAUGGGAGUGUAUCCGAGUACUUGACGGCCAUUGGAUGUCCACCCGAGAAACAAGAACUUGUAAAACGAAAUAUUUACGGUUAA